AGGAGCAUAUACUCACACACACUCACACACACUCACUCCUCAUCUCACUCACUCCUGGACUCUAUCCUCUCCUUGACCCUGAUCUCGUCUGCCUCUCUCCCUCUCUCCCUCUUCACCCUCCCUUUCUCCCCUCACUCUCACUCCUGUCUGCGUUCCAUCGAAGGACUGGCACCAUCGUCGAUCGCAUACCUACCCACACACACGCACACACACACACUCGCACAACCCCCUGACGGCCCAACUACAAACAUCUUCAUCUCGAUUCUCACGACCACAAACCCUCUCUUCACAAGCGUCUGCCUCAACAACGACUCUCCCUCGUUCCUCCUUUCCUCCUUUCGCCGGUGUCCUCUUUCCCAUCUUUCUCACUCACACCGCUCACACAAUCGCCUACAAUGGUCCUCCUACGGAAUACUACCCUCCCUCCUCUCGUCUCAAUCCUAGCAUUCCUCAUCGCUACCUCCGCUCUCGCCCCCGCCAAUGCCAACGCCAGCGCACUAGACCGCAUGGAGAGGAGGAUACGCAUCGCGCCUCUUGACAUUCUCCCAAGAGCACUUUUCGGAUCAGACGAUGGCUCAGACUCCAGCACUUCCGACUCACUCGACGGGUCAGAUUCAGCCACUUCCUCGACCCCGACCACAACCGCCGCCGCCUCUUCAACCUCGUCCCCAUCUUCACCCUCCUCGACUUCCUCCUCGAGCGAUACAGCAGCAGCAGCAGCCUCAUCCUCCGCCGCUGCCCAAGCAUCUUCCUCUUCCUUGUCCAAGGUGGCCGCCGCGGCUUCCUCCUCCGCCGCACAACAGGCGUCACUGUCGGCAUCGCAGGCAGCAGCAUCCGCCUCACAGGCCGAUGCAGCCGCUUCAUCGUCGGCUGCUCGCGCCGCGUCCCUGGCUUCUGCCUCUGCUGCCUCACGUUCCGCCGCUGCCUCAUCCACCGCCGCGGCGACUGCCGCCGCAAGUUCCUUCCUGGCCACUUCCACAGACGCCGCCGGUUCCAUUGUCGUACUCACCUCCACCGUACAGGCCUCGACUACACAGCAGCCCUCCGCUACUGCCACAUCUGAAGCAGACAAUUCCGGAUCUCACACUGCCCUCAUCGCCGGUGUGUCGGGUGCCGUGGGUGGACUGGCUCUGCUAGGAGGUCUUGUGUUCCUCCUCAUGAGGUUCACUGGCAAGAGGUCCGGCUUCGACGACGGUGAUGCUGACAUCAAGUGGCCCGAGCUCAAGCAUGCAGAGGGCGACGUGGCCGCCAUGCAGCCCUUGCCAGCACGUCGCACCGGUGGAGCAGGCUUUGACAUGGGCGAGGACACCUACUCGGAUGCAGGCAGGCUCGACGAUGAAGACGUCGACGGCAGGCGAUCCAUGACCAUGAGCAACAUCGCCGGUGCUGGAGGGUAUGGAGAUCACAUGGUCACCGUCGCCGGUGCCUAUGGCGGCUCGACGGUCCAUCUGACUGGUGCAGGAGCCUACGGCGGCUCAAACACAUCACCAUACGAGUCGAAUCAGCAGGACUACAAUCAGACUGGACACGAGUAUGGAGCUGCACCGGACUAUCUCUCUGCGCAGGGCAAUGGCAACAAUCAGGCAUACUAUGACGAUUACAGUCCCUCUGGCGCUAGCGACGUCAAGAGUCAGUCGGGUCGAGGAGGCGCCACGGAGAGCGUCGCCGGUGGCUCCACCGUAGGGUACCCGGGCGCAAUGAUGGAGCCUGACCUCUCGUCGCCCCAUGCCUACAUGAACGGGUACGACGACGGCGGCUACGGUGUCGCUUCGCCCCCAACCAACGGCGCCAGCGGCGGUGCUAGCAACGCGGGACCGUACCAAGACUAUCAGCAUCAACAUCAGCAGGCAUACAGCGAUGUGGGCGUCUCAUCCCCUCAGAUGAACCCACAAGCGUACAUGUCUUCUCCUCAAAUGAACCCACAGGCUUACAAUGGACAUCAGCAGCCGAACAACUACCAAGGACAAUAUCAGAACCAGCAGGAUUAUCACAAUUACGGAUACCGCUAGGCGGUAAGGGGUUCGUUUCUAGCUGCGGGAUGCUACAUCACAGCGAGCAUGCAAACGAAGUCGCAGGUGGAGGUGAUGGUGGC